AUGAUAUCCAGUUCAACCAUAUCCUACUUCUUUGGCUUCUGGGUUCUCGCUUAUCUUGUCGACUGCGGCUUAUCAAGUCACCCAUGCACUCGGCAGAAAUACCUGGAGCUUCGAGAAAAGUCGGGCGUUUCCAUACAAGUAAUGCAAGCAAGGAUUUUCACCCAGAGGCUUAAUCCCUUUUUUCAACGUAUUGGAGAGGUUGACUGGUUUCCAUGGAGUGUGUGGUUUUGUGUUGGCACGGCGUUCUCGGCUAUUUUUAUGCUCCUUAGCGUUGUUGUGCUCUCUCUUCUUGCAUAUAACACUAUUAUGCGCAAACCUAUUGAAAAGCAACUGAUAACGCCUGUGAUGCCAGGUAUUAAUUUGCCAUUGAGUCAUGCUGGUUUCUACAUGCUAACACUCCUUGUGUGCGUCAUUUUGCACGAGGCCGGCCACGCCCUUGCUGCUCUCCGAGAACGGGUUCGACUUCAUGGCUUCGGCUUUUUUCUCCUUGGUAUCUACCCCGGCGCAUAUGUUGAUAUAAGCGACUCAGAUCUCAGCAGUCUUUCUCCUUUGCGACAGCUUAAGAUUUACUGUGCUGGCGUUUGGCACAAUGGUGUUAUCGUUCUUAUUAGCAUUCUCGUUUUCUACACUCUUCCGUGGGUUCUCAGUCCAAUUUAUAUGACAAAUCAGGGAGUGGGCGUAAUCAAUCUUCAACAAAAUUCUGUUUUCACUGGUCACCGGGGCCUUCACCUCGGGGACGCCAUUACUCAGGUCAACACCUGUCCCGUGAACACCCCCUCGGAGUGGUUUCGUUGUCUCGAGGAGGCCAGCACCAAGACAACCGGUUACUGCGUGCCCAGCAGCUACAUGAAUCAGCCAAUGUCGCCGCCCGGUGCCAGGCGCCUUGCCGCCGUUGUGCCCGCGCAACCCCACGGCCAAAAGCUCCAAGAGGAGGGGGCUGUGCCGGUCGCUGGCGGCGGCAACAGCAAUGCGUCACCGCGAGACUGUUGCCCCUCCCACCUCGCCUCUACCCACCUCUGCUUCACGUACAUGGCCAGUGGCCGAAAUGUCAAGGUGGGCGCCGAAUCUAGCCUCCUCACCCAAAUCACCACUGUCCGGGUCUCUCGUUUGGUCUUCAAAAGUCCCAUUCCCGUGUGGUGGGCCUAUAAGCCCAAACACCUGUGUCUCCCAGCGCGAGCGGUCACUGAGAAGGAGCCGUGCAGCGUGCCCUCGGAUUGCGGUCGCGUGGCCGGUGACGACCAGUGGCCCGCCUGUCUCGUCCCCUCGCCCCCAGACAACACCACCCGCCUCCUGCGCAUCGUGCACAACCGGGCGCGAUCUCCUGCCAUCCUCUUUCUCGGUCCUGUGGAAGAACUUUUGGCCUCCGUCGAAGUCUCAAACUACGUGCCUCGGUGGCCCCAGAUUACACCCUGUCGUCUGCCGCAAAUAAUCUCUACGUUCUGUAUGUACCUCUUCUCGUUAUCUGGAGCAUUGGUUCUGUUAAAUGUAGUCCCCUGUUACGCAUUGGACGGCCAGUGGAUAUUUAAGUCACUCUUGGACCUCGCGUUGCCUUCGUUUGUCUGUUCUCGGCAGAUUCGUUGCCUCAUCUUCUCCACCACCCUGUGGUUUGGCACGGGUCUGGUCUGCCUCAAUCUCGGUCUUGCUCUGUGGUAUCUGCUACUAGAGACAACUGUCGCCCCCACUCACAUGAAACCUCAUCAGCUUUAA